AUGCAUUCAUUUGCUCUUCACAGCCCUUGUCUUCCCACGAUUCCUACAAACGCGAUUAAUACAAAUGUGGCCUGGCAAGAACACAGUAGAAACGGCAGCACCUGCCGGGACGUCGACGACUGCGCCACCAAGCCGGGCAUCUGCGACCAGGACUGCGUCAACACCGAGGGCGGCUUCAGGUGCCAGUGCCACCAGGGCUACGAGAUGGUGGACGGGCACUGCCGCUUCCAGUCCCACUGCUACGAGACCUCGUGCAAGCACAAGUGCGAGGACGUGCCCGGGGGCUACCGCUGCAGCUGCUUCGAAGGGUAUGCCGUCCACCCCCACGAGCCCACGCAGUGCGUCCUGCACUGCAACCAGAGCGAGUGUCCGGCAGAGUGCGACCCGCACGCGCUGGAUUCCUGCGAAUGCCCCGACGGAUUCAUCUUCGACGACCGGGGGGGAGGGCUGAAGUUCUGCGUCGACAUCGAUGAGUGCGACAUGAACUUCUGCAGCCACAACUGCACAAACCACCCUGGCAGCUACACGUGUCACUGCUACGCGGGGUACAAGCUUGUCGACCGGAACCAGUGCGCAAAAAUAGGCGAGGAGGAGGAGGAAACCUAUUCGGGCGACUUAGAGCCUGGCCCCGAAACACCCAUCCCCACCUGGACACCGCCAAAGGCAGGCCACCUCCACCCUGGCGUUCUGGUUGGCAUCACUGUGGGCCUCCUGUCCAUGCUUUUGGUCCUGCUGGCUUUGGUCUACCACCUGACGAAGAAGCGCUGCAGAUCCCCCACUGCUAUGGAUUAUAAGUGUAACAGCAGCACCGAAAAGGACGUGGGACUUCAUCAAGUGACCUCAGGGUGCACCUCUUCUAACCAGAAACUGUAGAGAAUUUGGGUAGCGUGGAAAGAGGGAGGCGAAUGGAACUGGUGUAAGUCUUUUUCACGUUUUUAAUGAAAAAAGAGAGAACUUCAGGAAAAGCUGUGAUCACCCCCGCCCUUCGAAAACCACUGUUUUCCCGCUAGCUCUAGUAAUAACUUGCUGCAAAGGAUGGGGAAGGUGAAAAGCGUGCCGUCCUGUGCUGAGCUUUCCCACUCCUGCUCCCUGUACAGAAAGGGUCAGACCUUUUUUUGGCUUUCCUCUUUGCCCGAGUCAGCAACCUCUGUGAAGUUUCAACGAAAAGGUCUGUGCGUGUGUAUGCGUCUCCAUUUGGAAGUGACUUUUUAAGCCCAUGUGGACCGUGGAGGCAAGAGCACAUAUGCAAUAGACUAUUUAAUUAAUAAUGAUGGACCUUAAAGGGUCUCUUGCCUGAUGGUUGUCAGCUAGGCCACCCGAGUGCCUUCUCUUCUCAGCUGGAAAGUAUGCCACCAGCUCGGAGGUAAAGGUUUUCCUGGGAUGAAGAGGAGCUGGCAUGCUCCUGCCUUUGUUUAGGUUCGGUUUAAUUUUUUUUUAAACUGAUUAACUAUGAAAGAAGUAGCAAAGAUCUUUUGGUCAGCGCUUCUCCUGGCUUCCCUGCACCGGUCUGCACGUUGGCAGAAGUUUCAUGCGCUUUCUCUUUUUCGCUCUCUGUCUUACACAGCCUCUCACCUCCAGCAGCCGGGCGCUUUUUUGCAUAUAACCAGCAGCAAUAGUCGGGACUCUGCUGACCGUCACUGUUUGAGGGCUAAAAUGGCUGAUUUUUAUUCCUCCUUGUCGUCUGGGGGUUUUGGGGGAGGCUGUGCGGAGCUUGAAUGGGGAUACCAAGAAUGCGAGAGCAAUUUUUUUUUUCAGGAAGGGCCUUUUUCAAAGCCUGACUGUGCCUUGCGUUCACCGCACGAUUUCGUCUGUGAUUUUCUUUCAUCGCUGGAUUAAAAUGUCGUUAACAAGGCCGCUUAAGUUUUUUCUUGCGUUUCCUUUAGUCUCAGCCUGCUCCGGCGAAAUCCUAUUUGUGUUGAAGUUAGCGGCAGGGCUUCCAGUGGCGUUAGCGGGAGCAGGACCCAGCCCUGUGUUUGCUUUCCAGCCACAGACUGGAGGAAAUCUGGAAAACUUGUAUGUAUUUUUCCAGCUCUUUUUAUAAAAUAGUGAGACAAUGGGCUUAGGAAGUUCUGCAAAUCUCACACGGUGCCAGUACAUGUAUUAUGCAAGAAAACACGCCGAAAGAGAAGGGGGGGGGGGGGGCUCUUAAUCCUCGAGCCUUAUCUCGUGUGAAGCCAAUGGUUGUUUGUGCAUUAGCUUCAACAGGCAGCGACCGAGCUUUUGCUGACAGGUUUAUGCCCAUGAGAUAUCUGCGUGCAGCAGCGCUUAGUUUUUUAGCAGAAAGUUGGUUUUGCAGUCGCAAGCCUGGUAGGCAGAACCCCAGAGGGUCAGAGGCUGCUCGCAAACUGGCUGAGAACGGAGCGUGCUCGUUGCCAGCUAGCUGUGCAUCAGGAAAGUGACUGCUAAGCUCUCGAGGAGUUUGUGUUUCUUCCUCUUCCCCCUCUUUUGGGUGGAUACAACUUUAUAUGCUAAGUGAACUUGCUGUCGCACAGCCUUUUUUUCCCUCUGGUGUGCCAGAACGAUCAAGCUGUAUUUCCACCUCCGAGCAAAAUAAAAGAAACAUGCUGCAUGAACUGUAGCUUUCUGAAUGGGAAUGGUUCAAGCCACUGUUUUGUACACCCAGCACAUUUGUAAAUACUUAUUUAUUUAUUGGAAAUAUACCCUACGCCAUGCACAAUCACACUGUGAUUUUGUGUGUAGACCAAUAAAGCUUUUACUAUCUGGUUUAUAGAAAUCUGGUAAUGAAAGAGUCUUUCUUUUCUCCCUCCCACCCCAACUUUCCCUGAAAGCAAGAGGCUCUCUUUUCUUACUGCCAGAUUACCUUUUGUAAUUCCAGAAAUCACAAACCCCGUUGGAAUAAAAAAAGGAACUGUGGGAUCUUAGCUGAAAAUCAGCCUAAACAUGCCCUUCUGCUUAUUUCAGCAAUGUGGUCAUAAUAGAAGGAAUGAACCAUAAAUAACGGAGAACAAGAGUAACAUUAGAAGGACAAAGUUAAAAACGAACAAAUAAGCUGGAAAUAGGUAAUUUAAUGCUACCUCAGUGCAGCCGCAUCGGUAUGACUCCGGUGCUGUUCUCCCACUGAAAUACCUAUGUUGCACGUGUUUGAGAUACCCCUGAAGGCAAUGUGUAUCUGUGGCAAAUAGAGUGAACAAGAUCCGGUGCUCUUAGGUUUUCUCGUGGAAAACAUAAAUUUGAUCUUGUGUUUACUAAAAUCCCUUUGCCCAGGAGCUUGGGUGUUUUGGGGUUUUUCUGUGGAUUUUAUUUGUGGAAAUUGAAGUUUUUUCUUUUCCUGUAAGAUGAGGGGAGGUUCUGGACACCUUGGCAUCUGCUAAAGCUGGAUUGAAACAGAGCUUCUGCUGAAAUUCCUCUUCUCCAACUGCUCUGAAAUUUAGCAGGUAACUCUUUCCUCUGACCUACUCUUCUCAGGCCUGUUUUCAGUCCAGAGAUGAAUUUCUUCAUGGAAAAAUUUGGCAGAAUUUUUCCAUGGCUUCUUAGCGCUGUAUAGGGAAGCGUAUGAUCUCCCCCAUACGCUCCAGACAGAAACGGUGGACUCAAAACUUAUGUCAGACCUCCCUUGCUAUUCUGGUUGUGGCAGUGACUGGCUGUGUGACUUUUAUCACAUCCCUUUAAACGCUCCAUGCUUCAGUUCUCCUGUCUGUACAACGAGGAAUGAUUUUACCUCUCGAGGGGGUAACAAUUCUUGCUCUCCUUAAGGCAAGGCCCCCAAAUCACUAGUUACCUGCAAAUCAGCUAAAGCACGUGCCAGUUUUAACCAUUAAAAAAGAAAAGCCCCUGUACAGAGAUUUUUGGGCUGUGUCUCUUUUUGUGUAAUCUCAGGCUCUGGUUGCUCAGUUAUUUGGGAACCCUUCUUCACAGCCACGAAACCCAAAAGGAUGAAAGUGAUCUUGCGCUCCCAAACCCCUGCAGAGUUAAUGUGAAUGUCUAGUCUGGUCUUACUCUCUAAUUCUGCUGUAGGACAUAGGGGAAAGAGAUACCUGGACUGAUCUGCCUUAUUGCUUUUCUUUGUCUUUUAGAGCUGGUCUUUGGAAAGGAACCAUGAGUUUGCCACGAUUUCUAUUAAACGAGCAGAAACAAUCCAGCCUAGGCUGACCUAAAUUGGGCUGUGACCCUCUUCCCCUCCUUCUAAGCGCAGAACUGGAGCAGCUGGGGAAAUCUCAUGUCUUCCCAGAAUUUCCCUUCACUGCGGAUUUUGUGCAGAGCAGGUACCGUUAAAUGAAAUACAGGUAUUUCCUCUUAAACAUACCUCCAUAAGGGACUGAAAGCUUAAAAACCAAAGAGGAAACCACUGAAAUGGCAUCACACUGGUGGUGUCCCAGCAGAGACCUUGAUUUCUAGGGGGAGCUGUAACUGAACACUGCAAGCUGUGGCCACCUCUCUGUCUCCUGCGAGAGGGCCAGUGUCACCACCGAAAGCUGGCUUCUCCGACACAGAAACACAGCGCAGGAAAAAGUAAAGCCGGGUCAGGAUUUUUACAUGCCCUCCUUUCCAAAAGGCCAGGGUUUGUACGAACCUCGCUCCCUGCCUCAAGCCGUCCCUGAGAGCACUUGCUGUCCCCCCCUCUCUUGUCUUCUGUGCUUUGCCCCGGGUUGACUUGCUGGUGAACUCAAACAGGUGGCUGUGGGUGGCCUCCUGGAGGAGCUGCCCUUUUCCUGUAACUGUUGCGGGAGAACGGAAACUCAGGUGAAAGGCCGGAUGUCGAGCAGCCCGUGGGCUGACCCGCGUGGGGGAACGCACCAGUUUUCUUUCGCCCCGCUUUCGUGCCCCGCAGCCAGUCGUCGCGAGCAGGGACGAUGAGCGGGUGUCCGUCAGACGCUCUGCAA